UACUUAUGUACUUACCUUCUUCCUAUGUUCCUACACGGUAUCGAAAACGGUAUACUAGUAUAGAGCAUGAUCACAUCAUUCCUUCACCCAGAGGUUGCCUGGAAGCCAGAUUAGCGAUAAAACCGUCUUAUUGUAUGCUAGGUGGAGAUUCUCGGAUGCACACAAUCUGAGUUGCUUGUGUGAAGGGCCACAAACUAUGGUGCACCUUACAUCAUGCCCCGCGUGUCCCUACACCUGUACGCGGGAAGAGCUCAUGACCGCUACCAGCGGUGCAGUAUCGGUGGCAGUUCUGGGCAUGUAUUAUUUAGCGACUUGGUUGGUUUGUCGUCGACACGAUAAGAAGAAGAAUCAAUAAAUUACUGAACUGCAACCAUAUCGUUCUCAUGUUUUCAUUUUAGCCGCGGUGCAGAGACAUCUACCGAUCUGAGGCUAAAUUAAUACAUACGCUUACGUUACGGGGCUUGAAAACAAUUAUUAUUUCCGGUUUUCCCGAGUAUUUGUUACAUGAGUCAAGUAACAUUACGUGAUAACUUUAGAAGAGGGCAUUAACUUGACUGGAUGGAAGUAGGUCAUUCAUUUCCGGAUACAUUCUACCCUGCGUGUAUCUUCAUAUUAUGCCCUAUAUACAUAUAGCGUAGGUAAUUACCUACUUUCUCACCUUUAUAGGUUUCCGGGGAAAUUCCAGGGUAAAAAGUAACCUACGUCAAUAUGGGUUACUUUUAGUCAUAAAUGUUACGAUUCAACCAGGAUAACGCAGUGCAAAGAAUGUUUUACCUAAGUAUCUUAUAUUAACCACGGAUAUACAUGUACGUAGGUACAUCCUACGGCAUCAACCAGAAGAUGAGGCAUUCUGUCAUAGCUAGUGGCAGAAAUGUACCUUUGAACUCCACAGGAACACCCAUUUUGGUCUAGAUAAUCAACUAUUAAAGUGUUAUAUUUCCGCGGACAUACGACCUGUUGAGUGUACUGGGUCCCUUUUACGGAAAAGUCAACGUUUCUAAAGCGAUAGUGAAAUCUUACAUGGACUCUGACUUGAGAAGAAACCCGUUUACCGCUCAAAAUGCACUAGGAACACUAUCGCUUUAAAAACGCUGAAGCUGCUCACUAUGGACUCCCAGUUUUAAGGAUUCAUAGGUAUCGAGCUGACAAACUAGAGUUACUAGACUACACAAUAAAAAAACAAAAGAACCCUCACACUCAAUAAAUACGAGAAGCUGUUACGAAAUGAAUUCAAUGGAACUCUAAUUGAAGUGACAUAUUGCAUGAAACUGAUAGCUAGGAGCGCUACAAUAGAGGCUAGAUUAGUUCGCAAUAACGUGGUUGUUCGCGGGGGCAGUUCUCGGAGCCAGGGCGAGGUGGUGCGGGCGCGUGCGCCGCCGAGGCACCCCGCGCACCGGUCGAUCCAGACCUAUAAAUAUACACACAGGCGCGCAGCAGCCCUCCACGCCGGCAUGGACGAAAAACAGUGCCGCGAAUAAAUCAACAAUCAACGCAAUCAAGCCGAAAGCACCGAAAGCAGUCCGCCGAUGGCCGGCGACAGAUACCAAGCAAUGACGUCCCCAACUCGCGGGUUAAAAAGGAGGUUCUUCAAGUGUACUCGCAAAAUAAUUGGUGCAAAAAAACAAUCAUCUUUUAAUAAUGGAGAUGUAGUGUUAACGAGAGCUCUUCGCUGUAGGGAAUUCAAACACACAUGGGUGAAAGGGGUUAUUACAGAAGUCAUUGAACCCCGCAUCUACAAAGUUUAUCUGCCACAUCUUCAAAUUUACCUGAAGAAACGCGCCUUCCAGAUGAUAUUGUAUAUAAAAGAUCUGGAAAACGAUUACGAUGAUGAAGGUGAGAUUCCCUCAACAUCGGAGGAGAAUACUGUGGACGUGCCUGCGGAUGCGGAGCCCAGUACCAGUCACGAUGUCCAGACGAGCUCGGCACCGCCGCAGGCCCCGGGCGCAGGGGCCGCCGCCGCCACUGCUGGGGGCGGUGGUCCCUCGCCCCCAGUGCCCGCCGGCAGCCUCGCUCUCUCCACCCCCGCCGCUGCCGGGGACGACGCACCCUCACCACCAGUAGCUUCACCCACAUCCGCCGCUGAGCGCGGCCCUUCCUCGCCAAUAAACAUUUCCUGGGGCUGCGAACCCUCAACCCUAGCCGAUGCCGGGAUCAGAGCUUUGUCGUCACCACCAGUUGCCGGGGACAGCACGCCCUCGGCCCCAGCCGCCGCCGGGGACAGAGCUUUGUCACCAGUUGGCGGGAGCAGCGAACCCACGCUCUCAGCCUCCGCCGGGGGCAGCCCUCCCUCGCCCUCCUCCGCCGGCGAGCGCAGCCCUCCCUCGCCAAUAGCGAUAUCCUGGGGUGAACCCUCGCUACUAGGACUAAUCUGGGGCAGUGCUACCCCACCCCCCGCCGCCGCCGGGGGCAGGGCGCUGUCGCCACCAGAGGUUUCCGGGGACAAUGCACGCUCACUGCCAGAAGUCGCCAGGGGCGAUCCGUCACCCCUAUCCAUCGGCGAGUUCAGCCCUCCGUCGUCAAUAGAUAUUUCCUGGCUCAGCGUACCCUCGCUAUCCGCCCUGACCGGGGCCCGCGAACCCUCGCCCGCGGCCGCCGCCGAGCUCAGCCCUCCUUCGUCAAUUGAUAUUUCCUGGCUCUGCGCACUCUCACCACCAGCAGUUGCCGAGGGCAGCGAUCCUUCGCCACCGGCCGCCGCUGGGGGCAGGGCCGCCUCGCCACCAGAAGUUGCAGGGAAUGAACCAUCGCCCCCAGCCUCCGCAGGGGGUAGCCCUGCCUCACCCCCAUACGCCGCCAAGCGCAGCCCUCCCUCGCCAAUAAACAUUUCCUGGGGCUGCGACCCAUCGCCGCCGCCCGCGGCCGCCGCCGCCGCCGCCGCCUCCGCCGGGGACAGGUCUGCCUCGCCCCCAGCAGUUGCCGAAGCCAGGGCCCCGUCGCCCGUGAUGCCUGCAGCGCCACCCGCCAUCGUCCAACGAGCGGAGGCACCAAAACAAACUCAAGAUGCGGAUGGAGGUAGCAAAGGACGUCGUUACCCAGUGAGGUCAACUAGAAAAAUCAUUAAUUAUAAAAUAGAUUAGAAAAUAUUUAAUAUAAAAUGCAUUUAUUUGUCUAACUAAGUACUAUACAAUGAACUAUAAAUGUUAAAGAUUCAGUAUUACUAGAUUUAUGAGUACCUAUGAAUGUUAAAGGAGAAUUGCCAUUUCCGUAUGGCGCCAUGACCCGCCACGCCACCAGAGCAAAAGUGGUUUAGAUUUUUUUAAUUAUUUUUUCCACAAUUAGAACACUUUCAUCACUGAAUUAAAAAAAUAGUGGCUGCAAGGCGGGUCAGAUUUGGCCAUUCUUUUUUUAUUAUAGUUAGGUAUUAGUGAAAUGUUUCUCAAAGACAAAAUUUUCAAUACUUUGGCGUUGGCUUCUUCAGCCAUCAUCAACGGCAACAAAAUUAAAUAACCGUCCUUUGUUUAAAUGAAAUUAAAAAAUUCAAUGCAAGUUUUUUUUGGCAUGGAGGGUAAAAAGGGUUUGUAAACUAAAGUGAUUUAAGGAUAUAAUUCUCUAUAGGUAUGAAAAUUUAUAUGAAAAUAAAGUAGGUACCAAAUUAAAAACUUAAUAAGAAUCUGAGUAGAUAUUUCUAUGCAUAAAGAUGUGUUAUAAAUUUUAAUGACAUGUUCUCUAU